CGAAAACAUUAGCUUAGCUCACGUUAGCUUGGCGGGCUAAUCAUUACCCUGCCUAGUCUGUCUAAUUAAUCCAUUUAAAACCAAGCGUAACAAAACAUGGAGAAGCUAACUGCUUUUAUACUUAUUUUAACUGUAUUAUGCGCUUACUGGCAAAGCGCUGAAGGAAACAGAGGAUAUUCAUACGCAGAUUGCACUGAUGUGAAAGGAGACAGUGCACACUGGUAUUCUGGGAGUCGAUGCUUCUGUUACAGCCCUGGUACAGUAAUCAAAUGGAAGGACAUCUGGUCCACCUUCAAGGUAAACGUGACGAGCGAUGUGGACGUUGUUGUUGUUGUAUUCCCAAUGGAGACCAUAAAUUGCCACCAUCCGGAUGAUCUUCUGACGGUUAUGAACUGCUUUGUUGAACACUACUGGCCAUCCACUGUCCAAAGAGAGACGUCUUUGGAGAUUCCUCUGGUUGAUGUUGAUAUCUGCUUCAUGAUCAAAUCGCCUAGAAGCAAUACUGAAUACACACUACACGUCUCCAACAAAAGGUUAAACAGAAUGUGCUUCCUGCUUUUCGUGUGUGGGCUGGUACUGUUUUUCGGAGCCAGAAACAUAUGCAGGAGCUCACUGUUUUUCUACACCACCGGCGUUUCGCUAGGAAUCAUUGCCACAUUUGUCUUCCUGACGCUCUUGCUCCGAAACUUCGUACCAAAGCGAGGGCUGUUUCUGGUGUUGUUGGGCGCUGGCUCUGGUCUGUCCUACAUUGGGAUGCAGAAGGUGUUAAAUGAAUGGGACGACAUUGUGACUGAGCACUGGAUGGAAUUACUGGUUUAUGUGCUGAUAUCUGGUUUAUUUAGCUUUGCCGUGUGCUAUAAACACGGUCCCAUCACCAACAAGCACACCCUCAACUUUAUGACCUGCUCAAUGCAAGCAGUAGGCAUAGUGUUGCUUUACUAUGGGAUCACGUUCCCUCCUGCUUACUAUGUAUUGGUCGCUGUUCUGUUGUGCUGGAAGAUUCUGCCCCUGGUCUGGAGCCUUCUGAUGGGGAUUUGCAGUCUCUUCUACUCAUUCCUGGCUUUGUUCCGGAGGAGGAGACGGCCCCCUCUAAAGCUGCUGACCGAGGAAGAGUACAGAGAGCAGGGGGAGAUUUACACCAGAGCUUCUCUGGAUGAGCUGCGGGAAUACUGUAACAAACCUGGCUUUCCUGCAUGGGACACAGUGCUGAGGCUCAGAUCACCACAAAAGUUUGCAGAGUUUCUCCGUUGUGGCAGUCACAUCACUCAAGAGGAGCAUCAGAACCAUGAGAAUCAUUACGGCCUUGGAGGCGCGUAUUACGAAAAUGUGCUCUUCAACAACAGCAGCUCCAGCGACACCCAGUCGCACAGAGAAGAAGCAGAGGACAAUAGUGAAGACGAGCUAGUUGGAAACAGUCCUCCGGUCCUAAAUAGCCUCCCCAGUCCAACUAUAUACCCUCCAACCAUCUGCCCAUAUCCUCCCGUCACCUACACCCCUCAGCCAGAACUUCUGGAUCCAGAAGACCAGGACUUCUUCUGAAACUCAGCCAGGAUAAGUCAUUUUAUGCUUAUUUUAAAGAGACACUUUAAAUCGCACAAUAUUAUAAAGAAGGAAUGACUCUAAGCAACAUUAGCAGGUCUAUAAGGAUUGUAAAAGUCUCUCGUUUGUGUGUUUUAAUGAUCUCUUUCUGCCAGCGUGGGCUGUUUUUAUAUAUAUUUUUAAGUUCUCAUACUUGAGUGAUGCAGAGCUGGGAGUAAAGUAAUUUACUCUGUAUUGUACAUAUUGUAUGCUAAUAGUGUGUGAGCAGAUGGUGACUCUCAGGUAUAUACACUCAUCAUUGCAGUCAAUAAUCUUUUUUCCUCAACUGUUCCAGAGCAGUGUUUCCCAAUCCUGUUCCUGGAGGCACACCAACAGUACAUAUUUUAAAUGUCUCUCUUAUCUGACCCAUUAACUAAAGUUUUGGAGUUGAUUUCAGUGUGUUUCAUUAGGAAAAAGUUGAAAAUGUGUACUGUUGGUGUGCCUUCAGGAACAGGCUUGGGAAACACUGGUCUAGAGAAUGACUCGAUACAUCAAGUAGAAUCGUGUUGUGUAAUUUAAGUAAAUGAUGCCCUCUAGUGUAAAAUCUAAAUCUGUGUGACUUUCUGUCUUAAGUGGAGCACAGAACUAGACGUUUAGUAAUAUGUCUAAGCUGCUUGAUAUUUUAGGACUUUACUAUAUGGCUUAUGAGUGUUUGCGUACCAUUUCAAUUCUUCUGAUGACAUUUGAUAGAAAAAAUGGUCAUGAUAUAGCAGAACGCAUCAUUGCUUUUAUACAAUAUGGAUCUGUUUCCUCACAAAGAAACUUUUUAUGGGCUCUUCAAACUAAUCACGGUGUGUUUGACUUGCACUGGCUGGUGUCUCGCACGUGGCAUUAUUCUAAAAGGGCUAAAGUUAAAAUAACGAGUUUUUAAAAACAUGUCUGGAGGUGUUUAUUUCCUAUUCGACAGCUUACGUCUUACGUUUUUUCAACGGAUUAUUGAUAGUGGGGCCUUUCACACUUUUCUUUAAACUAUCUUUAUGCUGUUUUUCUAUGUAAACAUGUCAAGAUGUUUGGCCAGUGUGCUCUUUUUCUGGAGCAUUUUGCACUGCUGUUUGACAUGGUGUUUUGUAAGCAGUGUUUAAAGGGAUAGUUCACCCAAAAAUUUAACUUCUGUCAUUUUUUGGUCCUCCAACAGUUUUGGUGUUUUAGCAAAGUUUAAUGACCUUCCAGAUAUAAGACUGAUCUCUGCAUUAAGAUAAAAAUAUAUAGAAAAUAAAUAUGUACACAAAAUUGAGAAAAACAAAACACUGUUUUCAGAAUAAAAUGGCUCCUGCUAAAGUUCUUAUACCAGACCCAAGUUUAUCUUCUAAUUUAUGUUUUUUUUUUUUCCUGCUUCCCCCCCAUCUGUCCAGGCAAUCCCAUACUGCCUGUAUAAUACUACUGUAUAUUAAGGUCUGGACUCUGUGCAGGCCAUUUGAUGACUGUUUUAGUUGUUUUUGUCUAUAAAUAUGUCAUCAGUAUCUAUAAAUAGUCAACCUUUACUUUUUCCAGAUCUGUUUGGGUUUCUUUCUUCUGUUGAACACAAAGGAAGAUAUAUACUGAAAGUUGUUUUAAAAAACUGCCAUUGACUUACAUGGUAAAACCAAAAAAAUAAAUUUCAAUUUUGGGGUGGACGAUCUCUUUAAAUUAUAAUUUUGACUAUUAUUGUACUUGGUUUGACCUAGUGUUUUUCAGUGCAAAAUAUGUCUUGUGUCUUGUGUGUGUGUGACUUUAAAAAUAUGGUGUGUAAUAUGGGCUAUGAGUAAAUUUGGAAGUCCCAAAUAUGUUUUAAACAACAUUUCACAGAGCCACUGAAGGAAUUCUUCUCACUUUUUCUGCGUUCUACCAGCAACUGUUCUGUUCACUUGCAAAUUGUUUGUUUCCAAAAGAAGCUUUACAUUACUAUGGAAGUUUUUGGGGCCAAAAGUUUUUCAAAUAAAGUUGUGAACUGGAUCAUGUCAACAUGCUGUUUGACAUUGUGUUCAUAGUUUACCAUUAUGUUGACCUACAUAAAUAAACAUGACAUCUUGUUUUGUA